UACUGCAACAUCACCGACUUUGGUACUCGUACUUCGCGAUACACUUGUUUUUCAUUCAUUUCGCAUAAUUUGUUUCGCAUGUUAACAAUGCACAACGUCGGGUUUUUGCUGCUGCUUUGUCUUUCCCUUGACAUGAGUCGCUGUGAAAUGGUGCUACAGCAUUCCAGUUCCGCGUAAUCAGUUAGAGUUGUGGAGAGAGCUUCUUGUUGUGUAAACCGGAAUAGGAUGUAAAGUCACCAAUGCAGAUAUUUGCAAAUCGCAACAAUCACAUUGAUGAAAACACCGGAUUAGAAGCUCAGAUUUUGUUGGACAUUUAAAUCGUCCCGUGCUUUUGACGGAAAGAAACAAAACUGAAGUUGGAUGAGCAACAACCUGGCUCGAUCUCACCGUACCGAGUUUCUCCAUUCCCUACGACAACUUCCAGAUUCAAAUUUUUAAUACGACUUCGUCAGCAUCGCAUCCAGUUUUCUAUUACGCACCGGCCACCACUCUUCUCCCAGAUGCCACGGAAAUCAUGCUCAACGCCGAAAGUGGAAUCAACUGCCUCUUCAUCGAAAUAAAAUUGUGGGAUAAGCCGUUUUUGUCGAGUAUCCAAGACUUUGUCACAGGGCGUACGCAGGAUCCACAGACCGUGAUUUCUCCGAUCCCCUUCAAAUGGAUGCUGGUGGAGUACUCAGCGACUGGCCUCACUCGAAGUAUCAAAAACAGUACAUGGCAGCCGAUCGCCAGCAUGCCGCCAACAGUGUCAGUGUGCAUCCGCUGUCCCACACCGAAUGCUUGCAACGAAACUAAAGCAGUCGUUCAAAAGGACAGCGCCCGUUUUGCCUCGCACUUGCUCGUCUCCUUCGCCACCCAGGCACCAGUUUCACGUAAAGUUCCGUUUUGUAUCGACAAAAAACUUCUUCCUUACAACGCCAUUUCGGACAGCAUAAUCGAGCGUUCCGCCGUACAAAACUAUAUGUUCAUGCGUCCGAGCGAUUAUAAAAGCUUCGUGCAAGCAUUUGUCGAGAAUGGCGUUGAACAAAAUCUGGGGACGAAUGAGUUCGUGGACGCUGAUGAAGUAGACAAACUAAUAAGCCAAACAUAUACCCUGAUUCCGUAUAAUGCGACAACAACCGCUAACUUCACCGGCGCCAUGUGGGAGGAGCUUUAUUGGGAGGACGACGAGAGGCCGGAUGAAAAAGCACGACGACUUCAGAAUAUUUUGGGCAAUGGAAACGCCUGGCUGCAGAAGACGCUAGAGGAAAGCAGUGGUGCAGACAGUCGCAAUGAUUCGUUACGAUCCGAGAAUUCCCAGUCUUUGGCCAAAGCGUUUGAGGAAGUACGAUCGUCGACCAGCGGAUUUUACUGGAGCGGCGAUCGGGUAUUAAUCAAACCGUUUCCAGUUUACCGUGUUAGUUUAGAAGCGUUUCGCCAAAAAAAGCCGUUGUGCAGUGGGAUCAUUCACAUCACAAACAGCAAUACCAAUUACACUGUCAGCGCCAAUAUACCGCGCACUUCGCCUCGCGAUGAACCGGCUCUGGUUUCUACAGAUCGAGUUGGUAAAAUAGAUGCGGAAAUCGACCGAAUAGGUGUCGCAAUGGCCAUCGUCCAUUGUCAGUGUCGAUGGGCGGAUAAACUGAGGCGGAUGGCUUUCUCCAAAGACAUCAUGGUGACGUUACGAGACGCUAACGACCGAGCAUUCGAUCAGCGGGUCGUGACAACAACGGACCUUUCCGACGAAUUCACGAUGAUCAUACCACGAACCACUGGCUACAGCAUCCUCUUCGAAGCGUUCGAAUACCAUCCCGUCGUUUUGCGGAACUUCUCGCAUUUGUUUAGUCUCGGCCAGGAGAUUUUCCUGGAACCCCUUCUGUUUAUUUCCAAGGAGCUCAACGGAUUCGGGGCAACAGGAGGAACGGUACGUCUGGUCAAUACCAGCGGUGCUUUUUCAGCUUCAGGAAUACAAGUACAACUGCGAGCGGGAUUGAACAACUGUACGGGUCCACUGCUGGCGAACACCACCACAACUACGAAUGGAACGUGGUCUGUGACGCUUCCAGGGGGACUAUACACAGCUCUAGCAACAAAACCCGAUGAUGACUACACAGCACCGCCCUUCACUGCGGCACUAGUACCCGGACGCGAUAGCUUUCGUGACUGGGCAGUGACCCCAAAGUUAUUAAACGGAGAUGUCCGAAUCAUUUUGCGAGGAACCGGGUUGAACUUGUACAAUGUUUAUUUGCGGGUUUCCGGGCCUAACGGCACCCAGCUUGCGGAGACGCAAGGAAACACCACAGUGAGUGCGGACGGGUUAAUGGUCUACAGUCACAUGGACACGAUAUUCGGCAGCGUUUUUAUACGAAAACAGCUGCCCGGUGUCUAUCGAAUACAAGUGUAUGAAUUGAAUGCGAUGCAGUCGAAGCCGGAUUCCGAAUGGAAUCUGUCCAACUCGCGGUCAUUGGUGGAAAUCUACCGUGGCGAAACAUUGUGGGGGCAGUAUUUCGUGCCGAUUAAAGACGGGAAUAUGUGGACUGUUGCUGAAAUCAAUGGAUUACGUAUAAGGGCUAUAAACGACAUGAGUACGGUGCAAGAAUAAUUCGUGCGGUCAUGGGACUUCUUCCUCCUCGAAAUGAAAACAGAACCACAAUUUUUCGGUUGAUGGUUGCUUUGUUCCGCCUCCUUGUAAAAUACAUACAGUAUUUGGUGCAUGACACUGCGUGUCUAUUAAUUUGUUAACGAGGUCGGCAGAAAGGGAAAGCCGCUUCUUUUCCACUGCUCAACUUUACGAUUGGAACUGCUCUGGUACAGUAUUAUCUGGAACUGAGCUUUUAUUUUCGCUCCUCCUCCACACGUUAACUGCGCAACACCGUCAAAUCUGCUCUUACGCUACCUUAUUUCAUUGCUCUUAUUGUUUACAAAAACUUCUAAAAAUUUUCGGUUUCUCAUCCUUUCUUAUGCAAUCUAGCCAAUGGCCCAAUGCCACCAGAUCGGGGUGGCCGCCAUGCAAAGGUUCUUAACCAAAGUGUGGUGGAUCAGAUCAGAAUGUGCGGUUUUAUGCAUGAUGUCUGAUUGCCGUAACGUCCGUAUGAAAAUA